AUGGUUCUGUGCCUUCUCGAUUUCUAUGUUCACUAUUCUGAACAACGAAAAGGACACGGUAAAGCGAUCAUGGACUACAUGCUCCAGAAUGAACACGCCGAAGCUCAUCAGCUUGCACUGGAUAAUCCGUCGGUGACGUUGCUCGGAUUCAUGUCGCAACGAUACGGUCUAACGAAACCAGUAUGGCAAAACACGAAUUUUGUGGUGUUCGAGGAACUCUUCAAAUCAGUCACUCCCAACGGAGCCGGUAGAGUUCUCUCAUCUCCGAGUUCAAUGCUAUCUCCUAUUGUGGCCCAGUUUGUGAUUCUUGGAUUGCUAUUCAGCUGA